GACGAUUGAAAGUAAACAAAAAUUAAUUCAUACUAAGCAGUACACACGAUAGCACUAGAGUAACAGAUAUAAUUUAACAAUAUAUCCACUUUCAUCUGGAUUAAAGCAAACGCGAGGCAGUACGAUGAACACUUAUUUGUUAUAUGCUAUGUUGACCUGUAUCUUGAUGCAAUGGUAUUCUAUUGAAGGUCUACCUAGUGGCAACAUUCAAAUUUCUGCAAUUGGUUUUCCAAAGAAUAAUCCUGCAAGCAACGAAGUUAAUAGUCUAAAUAUCAAACAAUCGAAUAAAAAAGAUAAAAAGAAGGAAACACCCACGAAACAGCAGACGGAGCGACCAACGGAACAACGCACAGAAAAACCCACGGAACAACCCAUAGAACAACAUACGCAAGGACUCAAAACAAAACGCCUAUCAACAAAACGCACUUCGUCAUCUCCAUUGAUAUUUCGUGAUUGUGAUGAAUGCUGCAAUUACGCUAUCAAUAUAUCUUCAGGCUUUCCGCAUGAAAUUGCUUGUGUUUAUUCAUGUUGCACGGCUGUAUGUCAUCAAUGCUAAACUUAUAAAGAUAUUUUCAACACAAGUAUUGAAAACUAUGUAAAAUAAUUAAGUUUUUUCUGUCUUAUUUUAAAGGGUUGGAUUGAAGGAACUGCUUGAGCUGCGUGGGUUAGUAAGUACAAGUAAAACAAAAUGAACAAAUCUUUAGAUAAUUUAUGGCUACAUUGUAUAGAUUCGUCGUUCCACUUAUUUCGAAUAUUUUCAAAUAUUUUGAUACGUAUGUACAUUCAUAGUACGGCGCCUAUUUGGCUAUUUGGUUAGUGUAAAGUACAAAUAUGGUUAACAGGCUACAUGUUUUUGGUAUUAUUGUACGGUUUAAUUUGACAUGCAUCAGUCUAAUGGGGUUAAUAUAUUUCACACAA